AUGGCCGAAGUCGAAAAAAACGUGGAGACCCCCCAACUCUCCCAAACGGCCUCUACCGACUCAGCCAGUUCCACCAAACGCCUCGAUCAACUCGACCAGCUGGAGAUGCUCCCUCAAAUCCUGCAAGAAGGCGCCCUCUUCGCGGGCGCAGGGUCCGCCCUCCUCCUCCAAGCCGCCUACCCCGGCAUCCGCCACGGAGAAUCCAACGGCGAGCUCGCCACGGAGCUAGUCGACUCCCUCCAAGCAACGCUGAGCUACAUCUCGUGCCUCGUCUUCGGCACGCGCGCCGAAAAGCAGACCCUCCUCGGCCUGCUCGCGCGCAACCACCCACCCCUCAAAGCCAGCGAGUCCAUCCGCCAGAACACGCCCGCGCACCUCUGGGUAGCAGCCACCCUCUACGCGACCGCAACCGACUUCUACCAGCGCAUCUACGGCCGCGUCAACUACCGCACGGCCGAAGCCGCCUACGCCGAGUUCACGGUGCUCAUCCACAGCCUGGGCCUGCCGUCAGGCUCGUGGCCGCCCACCCGCCACGCCUUCUGGCGCUACUGGGACGAGCAGAUCGACCAGCUGGUCGUCACUGACGAGGGCCAUCGCUUCGCCCAGGAGCUGAUGCACCACACUGCUGUGCCGCGCUGGGUGUCGCCGUUGAAGCCCAUGAUGCGGGUGAUUACCAUCGAGAUGCUUCCCCCAUCGCUGCGGGAGGCGUACGGGCUCAAGUCGACGAUGGGAUCGCGUGGUCUGUACCGGACGACUAUGGGGUUCGUGAAUCAGGGAAGAGAGAGGUCCUACCGGAGCAGCAUCCCCAACAAGGGUACUCGUAUCGUUGACAAAGUCCUUCGUGAGCAACUGAUCAGCGGUAUCAACCAGUCCCUGCAGCUUGUCGAUAUUCUUGCUGGUCAGCAGUCGCUGGAGGUUCUUGGGAGUGUCGCCGCCGAGGAGGACGGCGCCGCCCUUGACGAUGGUUUGCAAGUCGUCGAGAGUCUCCGGAGUGAGGAGCUCUUUCACGCCGUCGAUGAGGGAGGGGAGCUCGUCGAUGAGGCCUGGGGAGGGGCCGGCGAGGAGGGGCAUGGGGAGGGCGAGGAGGAGGUAUUUGAGGUUGAGCUUCAUUUUGAUGAUUUUCUUUCUUUUGUAACAAAAUUUCGCCUAUCCUCCUUCCACUUCCAAGUUCUACUUUAG